UUACUGAGGACCUUGUCCGUAGACGUGCGGAACACAACGAAGGUGAAAUAUUCAGUCUGGAGGAGCUGACACUUCAUCAACAAGACAUAGAAAACAUAAAGCUUGCAAAUAGGAUCGAAUUUCUGGAUAAACAUUGCAGAAAGUUAAAAAUCCUUUAUUUACAAAGCAACCUUAUCGCAAAGAUCGGUAAAUAUUAUAAAAAGAAUAUAUUUUUAGAGAAUCUGAACCGUCUUAAAGAUCUAGAGUAUCUAAAUCUUGCACUUAAUAAUAUUGAAACUAUAGAAAAUCUCGAGGGCUGUGAGUCAUUGACAAAAUUGGACUUAACAGUUAACUUUAUUGGGGACCUGACAAGCGUAGAAAAUUUGCAAAACCUCGAAAACCUCAAUGAGUUGUACCUCAUCGGCAACCCCUGUGCUGAUUACGAAGGUUACCGCGAAUUUGUCAUUGCCACUCUGCCUCAAUUGAAGGCUCUUGAUGGAAAUGAAAUUGGAAAAUCUGAACGGAUUGUUGCAUUCCAGAGCUUGCACAAGCAUUACAAGACUAUACUGAAAUGUCAAAAGAAACAUUUUGAGAAAAGGGAAAGGGAAAAAGAAGAGUCGGCCGCCCGAAAGGAAGAAUUUGCCCGUCGAAUUGAGAAAUGCAACGGGGACUUGGAGGCUCUAAAUGAAGAAUUUUGGCAAGAGAAGCAAGCCUACACACCCGAAUCGCGUCUCGAAACGCACGAAUUCAUACAACUGAAAAAGAAGAAGGAAAACAAGGAGGUUGGAGAAGAGUGGAUCUUCCAAAUGGCUUUGCCCAGCGAAGUACAUCCUGAUAGGGCAAAGAGUUCGUGUGUUCUGAGGCCUACAGUAGCCAAAGACAAACAGCUGAAAAGCAAACAGGACGCACCUAAGGCAUCAAUGAAUCAAGAACGCCAGUUUUUAGAACUAGAAGACAACAAGAGGAACGUUGAUUGGAGAACUAUCGUCAAUCCG